AUGCCUUUUGGAACUAAGCAAAGAGCACCAACUAAAUCUUUUAAGAAAAUUAAAUUGCGAGUCCAAAGUCAGUACGCGGAAAAAAUUAUCGAAAUUGAGGUUGUCGUUGUACCCGAGAUCUGUGCCAAUGUGCUAAGCGCUCCAGACCCACUUUGCAAAUCAUUUUGUGGAUUAAAACUGGCUGAUUGUGUCGUCGCAAAUCUCGAAGUUGAGGAAGAGAUUAGUCUUUUAAUCGGUGCAGAUCAUUAUUGGUCUGUUGUUACGGGGAAACAAGAGCGCUUAUCAAGUAGUUUGCGAGCGGUAGAUACGGUUUUCGGUUGGACGCUCCAAGGCACUCACCCGAAUAAAAUGUGUGCUGAGAAAAGUAGUGUUGUGCAGCCGUUGGUAAUUUGCAAUGCCUGCACCACCAGUGAGCAGGAUUUUGCAGCGCUUUGGGCAUUGGAAUCCAUCGGGAUUUUAGGAGAAGCACCAGAGAGAGAGCGCCUAACCGAGGAAAUGACAAGCAAGUAUAUCAAACGAGUCGGCUGUCGUUAUAAAGCCAGCUUGCCAUGGAAAGAGCCGAAUGUUGUGUUUGACAGCAACAAAAGUAUUGCGGUAAGUCGUCUCAAUAGUUUGUUUCAUCGUCUUUCUAGGAAUCCUAGCAAGCUCCAAGAAUACCAUGACAGCAUUCAAAAGAUGGUUGUCGACGGAAUAGCUCAAUGUGUUACACCAACUUCAUCGGCAAAACGGAUCAUUUAUUUGCCUCAUCGCCCCGUGUACAAAGAGGACAGUACGACAACAAAAAUGAGGAUUGUGUUUGACGCUUCCAGUCAGACAGAAGGUUGUCCAUCUUUAAACGAUCAGCUUUUGACUGGUGCAAAUUUGUUACCUGACAUUUUGAAGACGCUUCUGAACUUUCGGCUUGGCAAAGUUGGUCUUGUUGCUGAUAUAGAGAAGGCGUUUUUGCAAAUCCUGUUGAACGAAACUGACCGAGAUGCCCACAGAUUCAUUUGGUAUACAUCACCGCAGAGUGCAUCAUCGCCAUAUCAAGAGUACCGAAUGACUAGGGUCACAUUUGGCGUCUGUAGCAGCCCAUUUCUUCUAACAGCUACCAUCCGUAGUCAUUUGAGUCAGGAAAAGAAGAGGUUUCCGAGGACUUGCCAAAUGCUUGAAGACAGUUUUUAUAUGGAUGAUCUUGUCAUGAGCGUGAACUCGGAAUCAGAAGGUGAACGAGUUUGGCGAGAGGCUACCGACAUCAUGAGCAGAGCUUCUAUGAACCUCAGAAAAUGGCAUUCAAAUAGUGCUGCUAUUCGGAAUGCAAUCACAGCAGAAGACUUGCCAACACACCAGAAAGUUUUAGGCCUUAUUUGGAUGGUCUACAGCGACGAAUUGUCCGUGCCUUUACAAUCAGUCCAAAGUUUCAUCGAACUUCAUUCAUCUCGAGGAUCCAAGCGAAAUAUUUUGUCAACAUUAGCUCGCAUUUACGAUCCUUUGGGUAUAAUUAGUCCAACCAUUAUAAAAAUUAAAAUAUUAUUCCAGGGAACUUGGAAGAAGAAGCUAAGCUGGGACGAGAGCUUACCAGACGAUUUAAAUUCCGAAUGGGAGGACUGCAGCAGAAAUAUAUUACAACUCAAAGACAUGGCCAUACCAAGAUCAGUUUUCCCGGCAAUAUCAAUGAAGACGGUGAUUCAGUGUCACAUUUUUGCAGAUGCCAGCUUGAAGGCCUAUGGUGCAGUUGCAUAUAUCAGAGUGGUCGAUGCAAAAGGGCAAGUAUCAGUUUCAUUUUUAUGCUCAAAGAGUCGCGUAGCACCUAUGAAGAUGGAUGGGAGCGAUGAGCUCACGCUUCCGAAGUUAGAGCUCACUGCAGCAUUAAUCGCUGCCAGAUUGUGCGAGUACCUUAGAAGUUCACUAAAAAUUCCAAUCAAAGAGUACUUUCUAUGGACCGAUUCCAAAAUUACCUUAAAUUGGAUAUACGGACAGUUGCAGAAAUGGAAACCAUAUGUCCAGACUAGAGUUGAAGAAAUUCGCCGUCAUACUUCCGUUGCUGAUUGGAGUCACUGCUCAGGCAAAGACAACCCGGCCGAUUUGGUUACAAGAGGGAUAUCUGGAGAAAAGUUGCAGUCAUCAGCUAUUUGGAUCGGUGGACCUAGUUGGCUGAAAGUUCCUGUUCUUGAUACUUGUAAGGAAAUCGCAGAUUGUCAAAGUCAAUUGAGUCUAUUAACACAAACUGAAGAAAGCAUCCGUGACCAAAAGAAGAAGGAACCGAUGGAGGCCAUCGUGAACUUCCAAAAUUUUAGCACAUGGCUAAGGUUGUUGAGGGUGACUUGCUGGGUUUUGCGGUUUGUUCACCGCAGACAAAGUUUUGAGAAGUUCUUGACUGAAGAGGAGCUACGCGAUGCCGAGCUUUACUGGCUAAGGUAUGUACACAGAACAAAAUUUACUAAUGAAUACUUUCCUUUAAAGAAAACUGGCGUUUUGGAAUUGUCAUCCAAAAUUCUAAAGCUAAGUCCGUUACUAGACGACAAUAGACUUAUCAGAGUAGGAGGCAGGCUCCAGAUGCUUGAAGAAACUUACGAUAUCAAGCACCCAAUCAUCACGGAUCUUAUUGUUGAUGACUUUCACCGAACAACGCUACACGGAGGAGUAAACACCGUCCUAGCUAAGAUGAGAGAACGAUUUUGGCUCAUCAAGGGCCGACAGGUAGUAAAGAAGCGGAUCAAGAGCUGCAUCGUUUGUAAAAAAUUGUUUGGGCAGCCCGCUUCCCAGCCAUUCGCACCACUCCCACUACAUCGAGUUACUUUAGACAGGCCUUUCAAUAAUGUUGGUAUUGAUUUUGCUGGGCCUCUUUUUUACAUAACUGACGAUGGUUCUUCGAUGCGUAAAGCAUAUUUGCUGGUCUUCACCUGCGCGGCUGUCAGAGCAGUUCAUAUCGAGCUAACCACGAGCAUGUCCACUGAUAGUUGUAUCAUGGCUUUGAGACGUUUUAUAGCAAGACGUGGUACCCCAUCUGCUAUAUACUCCGACAAUGCUAAAUCUUUUCGGCGAGCCUCAUUUGAACUGAGAGGUUUCAAUGAUGUUCUACAGGGAGAAGGUCUGCCCGACUUUCUAGCGAAUAGCCGGAUAAGGUGGAACUUUAUCGUUGAGCGAGCUCCCUGGUGGGGAGGCUUCUGGGAGAGGAUGAUAAGAACAAUUAAGAAUGUUCUCAAAACGGUCAUUGGUAAGGCCAAAUUAAAUUUUGAACAAUUGAGAACUUUACUUACAGAGGCUGAAGCUUUGGUGAAUGAAAGGCCCCUUACUUACCUUUCCGAAGAUGUCUUGGGAUCACCGCCUCUGACACCGGCACAAUUCCUACACAUGCGCUCCACAACAACCGGCCAAAAUCUAUCUAAAGAGCUUAAUUCUUCGGGCUUGAGAGAACUGUGGCAACAUCGAAUGAAGUAUUUCGCAAAGAUGACAAUAAGAUGGCGAAUCGAAUACAUGCAGCAGCUUAGGUCUUUUCACUCAUCUAAUCCGAAGACAUCAAAGCAGUUACGAGUUGGAGAUGUGGUUCUGUUGUAUGACAGUGCUAAGCCACGUAUACAGUGGGAGAUGGUAAUGGUUAACCAGACGUUCGAGGGCCGAGAUGGAAAGGUUCGAGCUUGCGAGGUGAGAUUUGCGGACAGACGAUUAAUGCGAAGACCAGUCCAGCUCCUUUAUCCAUUGGAGCUAGCGAAUUCUGCCCGGGCCGCAGGAUGUUAA